GUUAGUCCCCAGCUCUGAGAUAGCAUACCGCCAAGAAGGAGGCUGGUCAAAGAUAAUCAGGAUACUCCUCACAGAAGACUUUAACUGCCAUGUUUAAAUCCUGUCAGAAUGUGUGAGGAUCCAACAUACGUGAAGCUGAGUGCGGAGAAACUAAUACCAAAGUCGGACAUCCUGUCGCUGCUUCGGACCUACAACUGCUACCAUGAAGGGAAUAACUUCCAGCUGAGGGCUCGUGAGGAGGAGGGGGAGCUCAUCCUGGAAGGUUUACUGAACAUCCACUGGGGUCUGCAUCGGCCAAUUAGACUUCAAAUGUACGAUGACAACGAAAGGCUGCGUGUCAACCGGAACAGCAAGUUCAUAAUUGCAAAGCAGCACUCAUCCGAGUCAAAGAAGAAUUCAAUAGGUAGAGAAAAUGUACCUGCUGAUUGGGACUUGGAGAUGCAAGAGGACGAGAAGUCCCCUCAGCUGCUGAGGACCAGAAGUGAUGCUUCUUUCAUGCAAGUCCAAAGGAGGUCAAGGACAAACACAGCAAGAGAUCUGCAGCGUUUACGCACACACAGGUUCUCCAUCAACGGACACUUCUAUAACCACAAGACAUCUGUGUUCACUCCGGCCUUUGGCUCGGUCACUAAUGUGCGUGUCAACAGCGCCAUGACGACGGUACAAGUUCUUAACAUGCUGCUACAAAAGUUUCGGGUGGAAAAUAAAUCAGAGGAGUUUGUUCUAUAUAUGGUUCAUGAGUCUGGUGAGCGUACCCACUUGAGGGAUGGCGAGUACCCACUGGUGACUCGUGUGCUUCAUGGGCCUUGUGAGAAGAUCUCGAAGAUCUUCAUCAUGGAGGCCGACCUAGGAGAGGAAGUCACGUACGAUGUUGCCCAGUACAUCAAGUUUGAGAUUCCAGUUUUGGACAGCUUUGUGGAGAAGCUAAAAGAGGAAGAAGAGCGUGAGAUACACAAACUGACAAAAAAGUACAUCGCUCUGAGGUCCAUGAUUGUACAUCAGCUGGAGGACAGAACCCACACCUCUGAUCCAGUCUAAGUGCACCCACUGUCACCUUUUGUAUGACACUUUUUUUUUACUGAUAGUCUGUAAAUUUCUACUUUUUGUAAUGUUUUCUCCGGCUUUUCAUGCAAUAACAUGCCUUAAAGUUGCUGCGUAUUUGUUAAAAAAUAAACUGGAAAAAAAGA